CGAACCGUUUUGUGGCUUGCAGUUUGUAAGCAUACAGUCACACAUAAACGAUAAAAGGGCAACAAGAAGGAAAAAAUCACCAUGGCGACGCUUGCGACAUCUUUCGUCUCGCUAAGAGACACGCAGUCCUCUUCUCUAUACGGUUAUCACUUGAAGCCAUCACACUUGUCUCUCCCAAACUCUCUGAGCUUUUCCUUUGGUACAAUUCACCAUAGGAAAUCAGUCAUUUCGGUUAACAAGUGGCAAGUUUCUGCUCAAGCUUCAUACAGGGAUGAAAGAGCAAACAGUGCAGGUGUCUUCAUUGGGGGCUUUGUUUUGGGAGGACUAAUUGUUGGAACUCUUGGCUGUGUAUUUGCUCCUGAGAUUAGCAAAGUUCUUACUGGAGCUGACAGGAAGGAUUUGAUGAGGAAGUUACCAAAAUUUAUUUAUGAUGAAGAGAAGGCCUUGGAGAAAACUCGGAAGAUAUUAACAGAGAAGAUUGCACAGCUGAACUCAGCCUUUGAUGACGUCUCAUCACAGCUUCGAGCUGAUGAUGAUCCGAAUGGUGCUGUUCAGGCUUCAGAUGAAAUUGAAGCUUCAGUUUGAUUACAGCUUUGCUUGGUAACAUAUUCUCAUGCCUAUUCCUGCUUGGUUUUUAUAGUUUCGUCAAGUCAUUUCCAAAUUCUGUAAAAGCCAUUAAAUUGCAGCAUUAAUAAUGUUAACUAAAAAGAAAAAAAUAACGAAUACGAGGCUUUGAAACAAAGUGCUUUAUUGUUCUGCAUAUUUUUAUGAUUUAGUGUAAUGAUAUGGAAUGGGGACACGUGUGGUGGACAUGCUUUUGGAUAUGGGAAGAACAUUGAUUUAGUA